AUGCCAGUCCCCUCAUUCCAGGCAACGAGUUUCAAAGCCGACCUGGCAGAUCGCCACUUAAUCUAUGACUAUGCCGUGACCGACGCGGCAGGCAAAGCCGACAAAUGGCGGUAUGAGAUGUGGUUCGAGAACGAAGACCGGAUCAACUACGCCAUCCACGGCGGACCGAUGGCCGGACGGGUGAAUUUCCAAGAAGCGCACUACCAGUGCAUCAGACCCGGGGAGCUGUGGCAAUGCAAUUGGCUUGAAGAGACAGGCACAAUCUGUUCCCUGGUGUACGAUAUCCCACGCAAGAAGAUCACUACCAUGCUGGGAUUCUCCAAAGGCCACUGGGAGCAUGCGCGAGAGGCGCACGGGGAUAAGCGCGUCCAGGCUGAUAUGGAGAGGUGGAGGGGUCUGGCGAAGAUUGGCAUCCAGACGGAUAGGAUGCUGUUGAGUGAGCAGGCGGAUAUUUUGGAGGAUUUCAGGGGUAAGGGCGAGUUGGUGCCGUGUGAUAUGAGUUCGCCGACGUUGUGA